UCUCCGUAAUAAAGAUUGAAUUGUGAAUAGCAGCGCCAUGGAGACGGGUCAAAACGGAAACCCAAGACCGCUAUGGAACAUCGUGGUCGUUUCGGCCAUUGCCGCCGGGAUUCAGUUCGGCUGGGCUCUGCAACUUUCUCUUCUAACCCCUUACGUUCAAACCCUCGGUGUUCCUCACGUUUGGGCUGCUUUCAUUUGGCUUUGUGGUCCCAUCUCUGGCCUCCUCGUUCAACCCAUCGUGGGCUACAGCAGUGACAACUGCACCUCUCGUAUCGGUCGUCGCCGACCUUUCAUUGCCGCCGGAGCUUGUUUCGUCGCCGUCGCUGUUUUCUUCAUCGGCUUCGCCAAAGACAUAGGCCACCGAACAGGCGAUUCACUCGAUAAUCCAACUAAGCCUAGAGCGGUGGCUAUCUUCGUUACUGGUUUUUGGAUCCUCGACGUGGCUAACAACAUGUUACAAGGUCCGUGCCGUGCUUUCCUCGCUGACCUUUCCGGAGACGAUCAUAAGAGAAUGAGGAUCGCCAAUGGUUGGUUCUCUUUCUUCAUGGCCAUCGGAAACGUUCUGGGCUACGCAGCCGGUUCAUUUUCCAACCUCCACAAACUCCUACCGUUCGCAGAAACAACAGCCUGCGAUGUAUACUGUGCGAACCUCAAAACCUGUUUCCUCAUCGACAUUGUUUUCCUCAUGUCGGUGACGAUAACGGCGAUCACCACCGUGAAAGAGACGCCGUUAACGACAAAGGACGCUUUAGACGGAGACGAAGGAAAAUCAUCCGGAGCGUUCAUCGGAGAGUUAGUGACGGCAUUCAAGACGCUGAAAAAACCAAUGUGGAUAUUACUCCUCGUGACCUGCCUCAACUGGAUCGCGUGGUUCCCAUUCCUGUUGUACGACACCGACUGGAUGGGGGUUGAGGUAUACGGAGGGAACGUGAAGGGAAGCGCGAAUGAACAGAAACUGUACGACCAAGGAGUGCGUGCGGGUGCGUUGGGGCUGAUGAUAAACUCGAUCGUGUUGGCUUUUACGUCGCUGGGGUUGGAGCCGGUUAGCCGGUUAAUCGGCGGGGUUAAGAAUUUGUGGGGGGUAGUCAACUUCAUUUUGGCUGCUUGCUUGGCCGGGACGGUGGGGAUUACCAAAGCGGCCGAGGGUUGGAGGGGUAAACUGGGACCACAAAUCUUGACCGCUCCACCAACCCACGUCAAAGGCUCGGCCUUGGCCCUGUUCGGAUUGCUGGGCAUUCCAUUGGCGGUAACAUUUAGCAUUCCAUUCGCAUUGGCAUCCAUAUAUUGCUCUGAUGCAGGUGGUGGUCAAGGCCUGUCCUUGGGAGUGCUAAACUUGUCGAUAGUUAUCCCCCAGAUGAUGGUAUCGGUGGUGAGUGGACCCCUGGAUGCAGCUUUUGGUGGUGGGAACUUGCCUGCCUUUGUGUUGGGCUCUGUUGUGGCUGGCAUCAGCGCACUGUUGGCAAUCUUCGCGCUCCCCAAUCCCAAAAAUCAACUCUCCCUCAACCCUGGAACCGCCAUGGCUGGACCCCAUUAGACUGUACUAUACUAGUUAUGGUGAGAUUGUGGAGUUUAAAUUUUUAUGUUAUGGGGCCUCUCUUUUGUAUCUCCCAGAAUUUCUCAAGCUCUGCUGUUGUAGGUAAUGUGGUGUUAGCCUUG